AUGAUGUACUUACGAACUCAGAAACAGCAAGAGAUGACUGCCGAACGUUCUUCAUUCAAAAGGCUAAUGCGCGUAUCCCGGAAUGUGGAUUCUGCCGAAUAUGAUGCUCUGCUGAACUUGAUGCCUUUCCCCUGCACAAGAACAGCAGGAACAAACAAGGAAGAAGCGGCACUGGUCGUCGUUGCAUUUAUUGUCCACAAAGAUAAAUUCGGCACCAAUAUACAGCUGAGCUCCAGAACCCCCGCGAUAAUCAGCCAGCUCAAGUCCUCUGUCCAAUACUAUCAAGCCGGAGAACCGAUGGCACCGCAAGGUCUAGGGUUCAUUGCAACCCUCACAUAUGAGCUUGCUGAUCCACACAUGACUCGUGCGUUGACUCAUUUCGGAGAAAUCUCGGUGGAGCAAUUGGGCGAAGUUAUGUCGCACUUUGACGUUGGCGACGAGUAUGACUUCUGGCUCGAUCUUGGGAACAAUGAUGCGGCAAGAGCUAGAGCGCUCAGGAAACGCAAGAAUGUGCCCAUGUAUUUGGCACCACUUUUGCGAGGGUCACUCGCGCGAGCAAUGUAG